AUGGGGUCCCAGGAGCUCCUGCAGGCUGAUGAGAAGCCCGGUGAGAAGGCAGGCACGACUGUCUACGCGGUCAGACCACCCCGCGCACCUCCAGCCAUCUCCCCCUUGCAGCCGGACAACUCCCCACAGGCCCUGCGUGCUCGGCGGUGCAUCUCCACCACGUCUGAUUGCAGGCACUCCGCCACGCUGCCUCUCUCACCCCGAGAGCGCAAUGCCUCCGGCAGUAUUCUCACGGCUCGAUACUUCAGCUACAUCCAGCAUCAGCACCAGCAACGGUACCCCGCCGUCGUCCAGAACAGGCGACGAUUCGUCUCCGCAGGUGGCGCUGGAGGCCAACAGUCGCAGUGGCGACCAUCCUCUCUUUCUUUAACCCGAAUAAAUGAUGAUUCGCAAUUUCUGCCCCUGCGCGAAGUGGCUGCGGCCAACACUGUCAGCGUGCCGGAUCUCACAAAGAUGCCCCUGCGGUCUGCAAUGAAGGGCAGCAGGAAUCACAGGUUCGUUUCUAGCCUGUCAGCGUGAAUAAGAAGAGAUCCGGACUUUUUGAUAACUGCCCUGCUGUAGACCAUACAAUUUAGGGCCUCAAUAGGAUAGACAUUUUUUUCCAAGGUCUUGAGGUCCCUCCCACUAGUUAUGUCUCAUUCAACUCUCACACAAACAGCUGGUUGAUGAGAAGUAGGAGCGAUCGCUGAAACAAGGGUUUUAUUCCUCUAAAAUUUUCGGAUUAUCACUUAAACCCAUAAUCAAAGACAAUGACGGAAACGGGUGAUUCCUGCACAGGGAGUUGCAGUAUUUAUAGGACGAGGUCUCUAUGCCACCUCAUACCAUGGUAAUCAAUCGCUAUGCGGUAGCAUAAAGACUAUAUCCUAUAAAUACUGCAACUUCCUGUGCACGAAUCACCCGUCUCUGUCACUGUCUCUAGUGAUGGGUUCAAGUGAAGAUCCGAAACAUCAGGUGAAUAAAAUCCUUGUUCCAGCGAUCGCUCCUGGGCCUCGCAUCUUCGAUUGUUUCGACAAACAGCUAGUGACAUUCGGCGAUAAAAAAAAACGUGUUUAUUUAAAUGCCCAAACUUCAUUUAUGUAACAUCUCAGACUUCAAUUUACUAUUUCCCUAACUGCUAUUGAAAUUUCGAUAUCGCCAAACAGCAAAUUUCGGGUAUUGUGGACAUACCUUUCAUUCACAAGGGGUUUUGCUUCACCUCGGGUCGUCGUAAAGGCGUGCAUUAAGAAAAUAAAUUAUCGUUCUUCCAUCACCAAGUACUUGCUAAGCCGUGGACAUUUCGUUGUUCUCACACUGGCCUUUUGACCCUUCAUUAGUGUGUGUGAACAGUUGGGACAUUGCAGCGUACCCUGGCGCUCCGGUUAGGACUUUAUGCCCGAGCACGCUACUACGGGGCAGGAGAUUAUCCUCUCAACGGACAUGGACGACCAACUUUGCCUUCCGCUCAUACCCCCUGGUUUUUGGUUUUCAGUAUGUACUUAAGGUCAAAAAUCCUCAAGUCUGACAGUCUAAAAUAGGUCAAAUGCAAUCUGAGGGGAAGUUACAAUAUAAAAGCAGGGCCUGUUUCUUAGGAGGCGGAAGCCAAAGUAUAAUUUCGUUGUCUUUUCUGCAGAAUAGAAGGAGAAGUAUAAAGGCGAAAUUUCGAAUUCCAGGUGUAUGAAUAAGAGCAUACACCAAAGAGCAUGUAGGUCAAUCAUCGACCGACGACGCAAGACUGGAGUUGACUGCUCAGGGCUCUGUACAUCGGCGCCAAAUCAAUAAAUCGAUUGACUAAGUUCUCAUCCUAGGCCCGGGCUUCAAUCAAUUCUCGGCCUGUUUUGUUUCCGGCGUGGGCAAUUAUCAUGGUGGCUACGAAGUUAAACUCGUGACCCAUUUCGUAGGUGUGGGCGGCCACUUGUGAUAAUGCGUCACCUCGUCGCACAGCCCGCUUAUGUUCGUGUAUGCGCAAUCAGAGCAUGCGUUCAGUCUGGCCUCUGUAUAUACAGGGACAGUUUUGACAAGGCGGGAUGUGAUACGCUACUCCAGAUUGUUCUCCAGGCUUUAGUCUGUCAAUCAUAUUGUCUUAAAACUGGGCAGGUUCAGAACCAAGUGGCAUCGGGUUUCGGCCUGCCCAAUUUUUAAUGCGAUUUACUAUACUAAUAACAUAUUAUUUAAUAAGUAUUGGUGCUCAUCCUGCAGCCUAAUUCGUGCGUGCCCUCAUAGUACAGUGCACUUAUUUGUGUGAUUCACUUGGCACCAGGAAGGCUACCUCAACCUGACCUGAGGAGGUAGUUUGAGAACUGGUCGAUAAACAGAGUUGACGAAGUCUUGUGAAUAUGUCACUUGCUGACACGUUCAGAGGACGUCUGAGCCAAUGAGCGUUUACGCCCUGCCGAGGCCCGGUCUGAAUGAGCGUGCAUAGUUAACACGUGGUAAGUCUGUGCAAGCAAUGCGCGGUCGUCUUGGCAAAACGGGCAAAGCAAGCAUUUUCAUUUACGAAUGGACGUGGACUGUACUUAAAUUUGUCCAAACUAAUUUGCCCCCCCCCGUCCCCUGGGAAUUUAGGGGAUGAACCGUCUGACACAGGACUGUCACUUAGCUAAGUUAGUUUCCCUUUCACCGUCUACAGCAGCCUCUCUCUGAACCAGGCCGGAAAUUCGGCCCCGCAGGACUCUGUCCGACUCCCGAUGAGCAGCAGCGUCAGUGCCCACAAUCUCUCUCUCUCCCCCAACGAAAACUCGCCCAAACAAAUAUCUGAAGUCUCUAAAAUCACUAGCGGCAACAGAGGGGCUGAUCGAAACAAUGGCAGUCGUCGGCGGUUCCGCGGUUUCUUCCCAGCCUCCUUUUUAUCCACCUCGCCGAAGAGCAACGAGUCUACUCACAGCGGCGAUCUCCCCACCAGGGAGAGGUCGAGUACGCGAGAUACCGAGGCCAACAGGGAAAGUCUCUUCUUUCCCAACGUUCCUGGCUCUGAAGACAGUGGCGUCGACGGUAGUGGCGAUGCAGGUGACGAUGGCGGUGGCGAAAAACUACCCAGUAAGAAGACGUCUCAUCGGCAUUCGGAACUGGUAAGUUGGAAAACUGUCUUGCGUUGUGUGUAGGUUGGCGUUAUUGAGAGGGCGGGACUGAUCGACUCUACGAUGUGAAAAAAUGCAUCGUUAAAGGCCGGAUGAUGAUAGCAUCCGGCUUCCUGACGCUGAGUUGUUUUCAGCCAGUUCUAGCCUGUUAGUGGCUGUAGUAGGGCUGAUGGCGAGCUAUAAUAGCGGAAAUCUUGCAUAACUAUGCUGCAGGUAUAUUUACGUCUCGCUGCUCUGUCAAAAAGCUUUGAGCGAGAGGCUUUUUCGUACACAGUCACUGCAUUGAUAUCAAAUUUAAGGACUCCCUUCUCCCGAGUAAGCAGACGGUGCAAGGGAAAGGGGUUAUGUCAGUCAUUGUUCUAUUUAAAGUGAUUUUGUGGAGUCGAGUGCGGGUCAGAAACGUUAAGCAAAUAAAACGCUUGUUCCAGCGGUUGCGUCUCCUACUACCUAGAAAUUGAGUUUUUUCUAACAUUUUUUAACAAAUGCAGGUCUACCUGUUUAACGUAGUUUGCUAUGUAGGGCUAAUAAAAAAGUAGCUGCGAGAAAAGACAGCGAACAAGGGGCUAAAACACAUGAGAAUUUUGAAAUUUUUAACAUAAAAAGAGAGUUCAGAAGGAUUGCCUGACAAAAAACUACGCGAUAUACCCAUUAGAUCUUAAGUAACUUUGUUUGACGGUGCCUGUUUCAUUUCCCUGAGUGACCUUUGGUAAUUUGAUUUGUUAACAUCUAUUUGGUGACUGGGACGUUUAACGCGGAAAUAAAAUGACAGGUAUUUUCACAAGGCAUAAUUGCCUGCUUACCUGUUCUGCAGCUGCGAUAGUACCUAACCUACCUUGCAAAAUGUCAGCCGGAAUUCUAAUGUUUUCCCUUAAAAUGUGUUACUAAGGUGGAGUUGUAAUAUUACUUAUCGUGCAACCUAACCUCAGGAUAUUUCAAUCACGCUAGAAUGCCGGCUUUAACUGUGAAUAUUUAAGUCGCACACCCGUCUUGCACUGGUUUUUUAUAUCCUUAUAAAUUCGAAUACAUUUGCUAGAAAAAAUGACCAGAAAUAUCCUUUCUUGCACUCACUGGAUAGCGAAUAUGCCCCAUAAAAAGGGCCACGUGGUAAAUGUGCUGGACCAACACGAGGGUCAUAUCGGAUUCUAGCAGGCGUUGUCGGAUUGCGCGCCAUAAUAAAUGCCAAUGUUUCGAGGUGCGGUGGCAGACCCGGUUGCCGGUAGACGUCGCGCACACUGGAACUCAUGUCGCCCCCUAUUUUUGUUCAGUAAAAUCCAGGUCAUUUGCUUUGCGGACCAGGGGAUGUGGAGUGGAGCGCCAAGGUGCGGACUCGACCGUGACAUCCACCUUCGCCCUCUCCCGCUUCCGGUCGUCUUGACUUCCUCUUAACACCGGGUCCGGGUGGGGGAGGAGGAGAGAGUGCGGUAGAUGUCGCAAAUCUACUAUCACUAUAAACUAAUUCACGCGCAAUUCGCCGUGCCUGCUGAACCUUGAUGGGUAGCGCACGGUGGACAUCGUCGGAAUCGACGGUCAAACUGCCGGAUAGAUAAUUACGUCUUCACAUAUUAUAGCUUUAAAAAUCUCAUAAUUAUGGAUUUUUGAGGCCGUGAAAGGUUCAUUCACAUAGUAUCGUAUCUAUCCGUUUAUUAUUACUGUUGUUCACGAAGUAUACAAUCUUGACCACGGUUAUUUAAAAAAUCGUGUGAGCCCUACACAGCAUCUUCGUAUUAGCGUAGAGAAAUACAUGAUUUUCCGUGUACAGAAAGUAUACGACAUACAGUUUGGAAACCCUAAAUGCAAGUGAAAAUGCCCUUCGGUUUCAAAAUAAUUCGGGAAUCAAAAACAUCUUGAAACCUGAGAGUGUCUUGUCUUGUGCGUGUUCUCCACAAACUAUGUAAGAAUCUAUAAGCGCAUCAAAAAUUAACGGAAAAGGUUAAUCAAAGUAAGUAUUUGUUUUACUUGAGUGCUUUUCUUGCAGGCGGCCGAAAAAAAUUGCAUUUAAAAGCAAGCAUCCCGGGCUGGCAGAAGUAUUUUUGCAUUAUGUUGCACGACAAUCAAUAUUGUAACCCCCACCUGCGGGAUUUCAUUAAACACGAACACCUUUCUGAAUUUUGGUCAACAUUUUAUGAGAUUGACCAGGCAAUACAUAUAAAGUGUUUCCUUUCCAGCCCUGCCCUUGGAUAAUUUCAUUGGCUGACGAUAACAUGUGUGCCAAAGAAAAUUUAUUAGACGCAUUUCACUCCGCUUAAACCGUGGGAGGCUUUGUUUCCAGCUUAGCUGAUAAGUUAACGGGUUUACUACUCUAUCGUUAAUUUCAUUAAGCCCGUUCAGACAGUUUUGUUUUGUUAGGAGGAUCUGUUUUGGCCUUCAGAUUGGCUACAAGUUCGGUAACACUGUCGGUCGAUAGUGACCCUGAGUUGAAAAAUAUACUACAAUAAUUGGGGGAAUUUUUCCCAAUCAAAAUCUCGUCGUCAAAAUAUUUAUCGGCCUUGUCAGUCCGUCGGUCUCCCACCGUCUUUAACUAAGUCAUGCUGUCUGUUGCCAGCCGAGAUACUGUUCGGUCAGAAGACACUACCCAAUCACAAUGCUGCUCAGUUUACGUGAGGUGAGGCUGCACUUAAAUUUUGUGGUACAAUCAUUCAAUUCAGAGAUAAGACUCACAAUUCCAGCUGAAAGAUACGAAAGUGACUGGUAAGAUGAGCGUCACACUGCAAGUCACGCCACUGAUUGGGUGGUACAGCCAAAAGCGAGCGAUGUAGUUCCAUUUUCAUGAGACAUUAACCUUCUAAUGCCUGGUUUUUUACUGAUUCGCAAAAGGCACUGUCCAAUCAUGUUCGAGCAGGACGCAUAGGGCUCACCGAUCUGACCAUCCCGCUCUGCUUUGUUUUGAUGCAUUCGCAUGUUGUGUCCUAGCGACGGUUUAUGUUUACAGGACAGAGUAGAGCAUUUACUUGCGUUGUGAGGCAGAGGCGAGGUUUAGAAGCACUGGUAAGCGCAACCGGAAUGGGCAACUUCCGGUCUCAUUCCGUCAUUUGCAGAGGACAAAAGUGGAGGCUUUAUCACGUCUCACGGUCCUUCUCUAUUCAACAUCGUCUACUGCAGAUAAUCUGUUUCCAAGCACUGACUACUUACUGUAUCAGAUUUGGUGGAUUCCAGACGUUGCAGUAGGUUGGGCGGGUAACUUAACCCAAAGGCGAUUAAACUCGCGUCGUCCGGCGGGUACUCGUAGCCCAAGUGGUUAGAGCGUUGGCUGUACUGGAGCCUUCCCCUUACUGCAUGGGUUCGAAUCCCACCGAGGCGCCGAGUUUUCUACGGUUGGGCCAAUAUGUAUAUAACGACUCAACUGCACUCCUACUGCCCCUAAUGACAUUUGAUUUUGUCUCCCUUUAGCCAAGUGAGACAUUGACGGCCAUGGUAUCUGACUGAUUUGAAUUGUACAAUUCCUCGAUGUGAUGGCUUUUGCAUUUCUGGAGAGAAUUUUACGCUUUCAUUCUACCAGAUGCAUUCACGUAUGCCGUAGGUAGGAUACGUUUACGUUACUAACACACGAGGAUUAUACUUGCCUCGACAGUAACUACUGUAGGCAUACCAAGAAAGACAGGAAAGACGUGACUGUCGAUUUCUGGCCAUUUUACCGAGGUCGCUCCUGGGGUACCAGGAGUUCGAUCUUUCAAAAACAUCGACGAAACGUCGGUUCCAGAUUAAGCAAGAGACACGCUUUAAAAUCAACGUCUCUCGGACGAUUUAACAUCCAGUCUACUAGCAUACUCAAUCAGGUCUAAAUGUCGCUAGUACGCUUUGAUAAUAGUAAGCAAGUCGUUUGAGCCAUUGCGUUACUGCACACCGUAUUCAGGUCACCGACACCUGCGAUUUUGAUCAUUCCGGGGGCGACUACACAAAAUUCAAUGUUGUGAAAAGUGCAGUUUAACAUCCUGCCAAUCGAAAUGAAAAAAAUCCCAAUCCUCAAGGCGGCCAGCUGCUUGGCUUACUCUGCUCUCUGCUAAGAUGUAUUUAAACAGCAGUCUCUCACUUCCCCCCCCCCUCGCUGAUUUUCAGACCACAGGGGCUGAAAGCUUGAAACCCAUUUUCGAGGUCGAGAGUACCCCAGAUUCGCCGGACUCACUGACACCACCAACAGACAGUCCCGCUGAGAGCUGGCAACUCCCUCGACUUCCGCUCCUUGCUCGGCGUCCAGGCGGCAGGAAAGUCAUCAUCAGCGAGGGAUCAGAGGAGUCCAUCGACGAGGUCCAGUCAGCAUCGUCCAGUGACAUCACUGGUAGUCCACGUAAGAUCUGUAUUUAA